UGCCAUUUCACUUCUCUCCUGCAUCAAUCGCCGAUUGGAGCGCGUGCAACACACUGUACUAGUAAAGGAAGGUGAGAGCUGGAAAUUUUACUGAUAAAUUCUUCCACCAAAAAGAGGGGAAAAAUAAAACACACAGCACUCUCCCUCGCGUUUCCGCCACCGCCCGUCGGCGAGUCCGUUCUUCCACCGAAAUGCAUAACAGAAUGAAGUCGGUGGGUUGGGGGAGAUCGACCGGCAACCAGAAGGUUCCGACAGUUCUGCCAGUCCGCCGAACGCGGCCCUCUCUAAAGGAAGACUUCCCAUUCUUUGGCAGCUUGGAGAAGAGGGGAAAGGCCGAGAAGAAACCAGCGCAGUUGGAAGGUAAUCUUCUCUUCCUUCUCCAUUCGAGGCCGAGAAGAAACCAGCGCAGUUGGAAGAUCUACCAGUUCUUUAAUCGAGUUUCUGCCAUUUUUGAUCAUGUUCGCUUCUCUGAUCAAAAUUUCUAUUUCUCAAAGGUGGUGCGGUUGUCGAUUGCGCAAGUGUUGACUGCGAUUUCUCAGACUCAGAAAUCUGUUCUGCGUGAAGCCUACAAGAACAAGAAGUUCUUGCCUCUCGAUCUUCGUCCCAAGAAGGCCAGAGCCAUUAGGAGGAGGCUUAGCAAGCAUCAGGUACUUCUUUUGAUUCUACACAUUUCGACCAUUGUGAUUAUGCAAUUUGAGUUGCAAUCAACUGGGAUCCCUUGUUGAACCGAGGGUUUGGCUAGCAUCAUCACCUGCGGUUUACUGUAUGAAUCUGGAAUAUUUGGUUGCCUGAUAAAAGAUCUGGAACAUUGGUUGAUUGUUGAUAAUCGUAUCAGAAUUGUCCUCUUGUUGGGAUACAAUGCCCUGCAAGUUAGUUGUGGCUCUUAUAUAUCAUGUAGAUGUCCGAUUUUAAAUUGUUCUCUACAUCACAGUUCGCUGUUUCUGUUCAUUAUCUUGCUGGUUAAGUCAACAAGUUUCAUAUCUAAUUUUUUCGUGGUGUUGUAGGUGUUCGUGGAUCAUGGAUUUUCGUUUUCCUAAUGUCUUGGAUCUCACGCCCUUUACCCUUCAGCAAAGGGUAAAGGUAUCCAAGUUUUUGGCACGUAUGGAUGUGCAGAACUAUAUGUUUGUGCUUUGGAAGACAAAUGCUCUCUGCAUCUUCAAACAUGCUAUGCUUCGAAGAGCCGAAAAGCUUGCAUCAAUACGGAAUUAUGUAGAUGUUGCUGAUCUUGGUUGGAGGGUGGAUACCCCCAUUGUCGAACCUCUGGCAGUGGGUGAAGACCUAGUCCUUCCAGAAGACAUCAGCUCAUUUGUUAUGUGUGAAGAUGCCCUGAAGCACUUUAUAGCAGAUCAGGAGCAAAAAAUUAUAAGUUCCCAUGUUACCAUUGAAGAUAUGCCAGUUUCUGCUGAAGAUGGAGCUAUACCGGGUUUUAAUUACCUGUCUUCCGAACAGAGCGCCCGAUUGACAAAGUUCAUGCAGCUUCAGGAUGUUCACCGUGUACUUUGGGAGAGUUUGAAAGAUGAAGAAAUAGACCUUGUUCUGUCUGGAGUGGAAAAGGGGCUGUUUGCUGCUGAUGGCGAGGACUUUCAUACUCAUGCUAAUGAGGUUAGGUCUGCUGUGAAUCCUGAAUUUGGUGACAGACUCGCCAAAGCAAUCGUGGAGUGGCACUCCUGUUUUGCAUACCCUGAUUCCCUUGCACCAUUGCCUUAUCAGGUUUCUGUUCCAAUUGACUGUGUGCUUCCCUUGCAUACCCUGCCUUGGACUCCCGCUGAGGUUGAGUUGCUGAUAAAAGGUGUGGAGGAGAUCGGGAUAGGCAGAUGGCAGCUACUGAAGGAAAGGAAGGGCCUGUUUCGGAGGCAAGUUUCUAAUAUUGUCAAUAAAUGGAACACGUUGGUGCAGUAUGAUCGUCGUCCCGGCUACUCUCAGCAUCGCGAUGGGUUAAGUCUGCAGCAGUUGCGUCGUGUGAAAGAAGCGAAUGUGGAGAAACCCAAGGAGCCUUGGAAUCAGGGGGAAGUGGAUAAGUUGGUUCGAGCAGUGGAGGAGUAUGGGACAGGCAGCUGGCGGGAUGUGCAACAUCACAUGCAAUCUGUCCGUGGUGUUGCGGAUAUUGAAGAUGAGUGGUGCACCUUGAUGAACCAUCUCAACAGCCCCUGUUAUUUUCUGAAUAUAGGAGCAACUACUACUUGGCAGCUAUUCCGGGUCAGGGCUGCUAACAUUGUGAAGAUUGAGCAGCCUGUAGGGUUUAUAUCGGGAACUAUGGAGUUCAUAACAGAGUUGGAUCUUUCGCCAUUUACAUCUAUGCAGAAGAAAAUGGUCAUUCAUUUUCUGUACAGGAAAGAUGUGAAGUGCCAUCUGUUGCAGCUGUGGAGGCUCAAUGCUGUUGAUUUGUUUUCAACCACUCUGUCUAUGAGGGGUAAAAAGCUUGCUGAUAUUGAGAAGUGGUUGGAAUUGGGCACAGAGCCACUGGGCGAUGAUGAACAGAAUCUUCUUGCUGAGGAUACCCCGUUUUUUUCGGAUUAUGAAGAAUCACUGUUUAGGAGAACAGAAUUGCAGAAGGAUUCUAUUGUGAGUUCUGAACAUGCUCAUAAUCAGGUUCUGCUAUUUCCUGAAGAAGCUCUUCCUCUUGAUUUGAGUUCUUUAACUCCUGAGCAGUCGGCAAGGUUAACUCAUUUCAUGCAACGUGUCGAUGUGCACAACUAUCUGCUGGAGAUGUUAAAGCUGGACAUUUUCGAACUUGUCUUGUCCCGAUUGGAGGCAAAAAUGUCUGCUGCUUUAGGUCAAGAGGAGAUUGAGAUACGGAGGAAAGAGCUUAAUGAUUUCAGCUCGGUAAUUGACUUUCGUAACAGUGGCACUGGAGCAGAAAAAGACGUCAUUGUCAACAGGGUGUCAAAUGCUAGAUAUCCUGCCGGCUUUGCUCCCCAGAUUCACGAGGUGUUUGUUCCUCUUAUUUUUGUUGAACCAACUGACUCGAAAUGGACAAAUGAAGAACUAGAGCUUCUGAUUGAAGGUGUGGAAGAAGUUGGAAUAGGGAAGUGGGAGCUGGUGAAGGAAAGGAAGAACCUGUUUCGUAGUCUUUCUGCUAUUAAAUGUCAAUGGGAAACUCUUGUAUCGAUUGACAAGGGCGAAAGCUGGCUACUUGGAGCUCUUACAUUUGAGCAAUUGGGUCGUGUCAGGGCAGCCAACGUUGUGAAGGUUGUGCAGUAGGUUGGUUGCUGCUGUAUGUUGUCUUCUUUCUUAUCCAGGUAGCAGUAGGGAGACAGAGGAGAGCCUGCGGAGUGGAGUCUUUGGAAGCUGCAAGUGCUGGAAGGAACAUUGUGGAGAGGAUGGGAUGGGAUGGGAAGCUAUAGUUGAUUUUCUUUUCUUGUGCAUGAGAUUGUAGUGAAGAGGUUUAGCUUGUUUGUGUGGGGUUCUUGGGAGAGGCUGUUCUGUUGCUCCUUGUUCUGUAUAGAUUUGGUAUAUUCCAAACCUUUAAGACAGGUUUUGUUGCUUUUCUCAGUGGUUUGAAGUACCUGCAACUUCAAAUUCCUGUUUACAGGAAUUCAGAUCGUACAUUCUAUCCCUUGUAUAAACUUCUUUUCAAAGUUUUGUGCUACUUACUAAUCUGCAUUUCAGUAGAGCCAACUGG